AUUGAAAGUUUUCAGAAACAUUUUCUGACUAAAAAAUACGUAAAAUCAAAUAAAAUUAAAUAACGUAUAUGUUUACAGAAACAUUUUGUUUUAUUUUAUAUGACGUUUAUAUAUUUUUGUACAACUCGCCCCCGUGCAUUUGUUGAGAUUGAUACAGUCCAGUCUUGGCGCGAGCUGUCAGCCACACUUUGAAUUGAAAGAACGGAGAUUGUUAUUGUUGGUCCCUUUAAGUAUUCAACAUGAAGAGCAGCAGUGAACAGUUGUAUGAAGAAGAGAUCAGAUCUCUUAAGGAUGAAAUCAAGAUGUUAGAAGAACAGCAUGCAGACAUGGAGCACUCGGGCACCUUGUACUCAGAGGAGCACUAUCACAGUACUUUGGCAUCAUUGAGAGGAAAAUCAAAAAAAGAUUCAACCAAGCAGCAGGCCUUUGCAUCUCUGAAAACAAAGCUGGAUAGUUUGGAAGCAGAACUCAAACAACAGUCACAAAUGAGUGGUUAUGUGUUGACCAACUACUCAAAAAAAACACUGGAAAAAAGUCAUAUCAAAGUUUUACAGCAGCACAGGCUAUCCGGCCGUUGCCACUUCUUGGCUUUCCAGAUCGAAUUUCAGCUGAUGGAAGUUCAGAUGGAGGCCACUGUCAGUACAACUGUUACUGAUCUCAACAUAGUCGUAGAGUCCAGUGAAUUUACUGACAUGAGCGCGUUUGUGUCGAGAGCUGAAGAUACAAAGAGCCUUCUGCUUUUCUUUCAGACUCUGAAAUCAUUUGCGGAUUGGUGUGUGCAUCGAAAAAGGACACUUUUGCAUUUCAAGGAGAAAUACCCCAGCAUUGUUAGACUGCCAGAAGGUUGCAGUGCUGAAUAUAUGUUUAUCCAGAGUCCAAAACUUCCAGGAUGUGAGCUGAAGAUUGUUUGGAACAUAGAUGUGACCGAAGAAGGGGUGGUUACCCCAAAGCUUAACCUUUUGACCAAAAUACCAGAGGAAGCGCUGAUCCUUGACAAGAGGAAGGCAGUGGAGAGUGCACCCAGCUGUUUUAAAAAUCUACUGCGCUUACUUGGUAUUGAGGCCACCAUUGAAAGUGUCAUAAAGUCUGUAUCCAUGGAAGAGUAAUUUAUUAAAAUUACUAAUAGAGGUAAUUAGAACUGGUAGUAAAGUCUAAGUCAGUAUGGAAGCACGUAAAAAACUGCCACAUGGAUGCAUUUAUUAUUGUUAAAUGAGAGCACAUGUUAAUUAUUGAUGCUAUGAAUUCUUAUGUUUUAUUUAAAUUUGUUUCAAUAUAAACACUUUAUAAUUCCCAUUAAGAAAUAUUUGUAAAACGACAUGCCAAAUGUACAUAAUGCUCCCAUGUCACAUUAUAUAUAAAUGGACAUGAAAAAUAAAUACAGCUAUUUAAAUACAAAAUGCCAAACAUACUUAAACACAAUUCUGUACAUCUUACUUUUUUUUUUUUUUAGUUUACCAAUAAAUUGCAACCAUAUACAUGAAAAUGCAGUGGUUCUAUUUGUGAUAUUUCAAACCAAUAAAGUGUUAUUUCAUACUGUAAUAGCAGUAGUUCAAGUUUAUAGAAAACAGUGGCAGUUUCCUUUCCAAGCUCAAUAUAAAAAAAUAAAACAGUAGAACUGAAAAUCUGAAGUUAGGUUGGUUUCUAGGCAACACAGACCUUUGUGAAUGAUUGCUGUAUCUCCAGCAGACCACAAUGAUGCAUUUAGAGUAAGAUAAUACUGUGCUGUUGGUCAUCCACUUUGCCAGGUCUGAAGAAACUUCAAAGUCUUAUAGCAUUUUCAUCAUUAACCCAUGUCUUUCUUUCAAACUGAAUACUUGAUCCUUUGGUAAGAAGAAUAUUAUUUUUUUUUGCAUAACUGUUAAAUUGUAUAUGGAUUCUUCUAGCACAGAGGUUUGGUUUAUGUAAUGCUUCCCACAGCCAUACCAGCUAGUGGCUUUUUUUAAAUUUUAUAUACGCUAUGGGCAUUUGAAGUAUCUUAAAAAAUGCCUCUUUUUAAAUCUAACCCAUUAUUAGUGUUAGUUACCUGGUUUAAUACAGUUGUUUACUCUUUGAUGUGAAGUGAUGGUAUACAUGUUACAAGGUUGAAAAAACUAGCAUUGUUGCUGGAGGUUUUUAGUAAAUUGAAUCCAGCUACUGUACUAGUUUGGUUUAAUACAGGAAAUUGUAUGAUGCUUUGAUAUAUCUUUCUAGCUGGAUGAUAAACAAAGCUUAAUCUGCAGCUGAAUAUCAGUAGUAUCUCCCUUGGAUGUAAUGGUGGCAAUAACAAUUGUACUUGCCUAGGUGACAUGCUUCUUCAUGCACAUUUCAGAUCCUGGAAUCCAUUACAGUGAAGUUAAGAUGCUCAGA